AUGUUCACCGCCACACUUGAUCCAGUUGACCAGUGCAUUUGGUUGGCAAAUUCUCAAAAUUGGCUGAUCAAUGGUAUUAUCUUAAAGUUUGCAGAUGGAUCUGGUGGUAAAUAUCCUCCGAAUAGUGCUGAGUUGUAUCAUCCAUCAACAGGGAAAUGGACAAUAGCUCGUAGUAUGAAUAAUGCACGAAAUAGUAACACAACAUCGGUACUAACAAAUGGUAACGUGUUAGUUACUGAUGGAGCAAAUUGUAUUGCUCUGAAGAGUACAGAAUUAUAUUAA